UAUAUCAGCAAGGGCUCAAAGCUAGUGCAAAUAACUAUACAACUGCUCUCAAUAACUAAUAGAGUCAUUGGGAGCUUCUUUGUGCUAUCUAUUAAGCUUUUUUCUUAGUCCACACCCCUUAACUUUCAAGGCAUAAUGCUACUCACAGACUCUCCAAAGGUUAGCACACACUCACCAAGAAAAGAAAUGCCUCAGUUUCUGUCCUCCAGGACCUCUAUCUCUUCUUACUCUUUUGCAAGCCCUCGAACACCUUCCUCACCGAUCCAGUAUUCGUUUUCUGAAUCUAUGAUAGAAGAAAACAUUGAAAAUGCAGAGUCCAUUAUCACCAAAUGGAAUCUGAACUCCUCUUUCACAAAAGUUAUAUCUAUUUUCAAUCAUGAUAGAAAGGAAGCCAAAGAGUUUCUUACAAGGGUUGAAGAUUUGCGCCAAGCCAUGCAUUUUCUGGUUGCUCAGAACUCCAGCUCUAGUAAGCUUGCACUAGCUCAAAAGCUCAUGCAUAUGGCUAUGAAGAGACUUGAAAAGGAGUUCUAUCAGAUACUGUCUGCGAACAUCGACCAACUUGAUCCAGACUCUGUUUCGAGUCGAUCCUCAGAUGGCACAAGCACUAUCGAUGAUGGUGACGAUGUUGGAUCUGAAGAGGAGUUGAAAUUGGCAGGUGAAUCGAUCACUAAGGUGGAAAGAGUCUCGGCCCUCGCCAUGUCUGACCUUAGGUCCAUAGCUGAUUGUAUGAUCAGUUCUGGUUAUGGCAAAGAGUGCGUUAAAAUAUACGAACUCCUCCGAAAAUCAACAGUGGACGAAGGGCUGUAUCAACUUGGUGUUGAAAGAUACAGAUCUUCUCAUAUUCAUAAAAUGAAUUGGGAAGCACUCGAGCAUGUCUGUCAGCACUGGAUGAGUACAGUAAAGAUAGCCAUGAAAACACUGUUUACCGGAGAAAGAAUUCUCUCCGAUCAUGUGUUUUCAGCAUCUAACCCAAUCAGAGAAUCAUGCUUCUCGGACAUCACGAAAGAAGGAGCAAGAAAUCUACUCAGAUUUCCCGAGCUUGUAGCAAAGCAUAAGAAAUCAUCAGAGAGAAUUUUCUUGCUAAUGGAACUCUACCAAGUGCUCUUUGAUCUCUACCCCGAAAUAGAAUCAAUUUUCAGCUUUGAAUCAAUGUCCGCGAUCAAAAUACAAGCUCUUUCAUCACUUCAGAGGCUUGGCGAGUCAGUCCGCAGCAUUUUAUCAGAAUUCGAAUCAACCAUUCAAAAGGACUCCUCAAAAACUUCCAUCGCUGGAGGGGGGAUUCACCCACUGACUCGUGAAACGAUGACUUAUAUAUCUUCACUUGCAGAUUACAGCGGGAUUCUCUCUGAAAUUUUCACUGCUCAUCCUCCAAAGACUACACAACUGCCUGAGUCUUAUUUUGACAGCCCAGCAUCAGAGAAUGGUUCAGUACCCACAGUGUCACUCCACCUAGCUCGGCUCAUACUAGUCCUUUUCUGCAAGCUUGACAGUAAAGCCGAAUUAUACAAAGAUGCGUCUUUGUCAUAUCUCUUCCUCACCAACAAUCUUCACUUUAUCGUCGAGCAAGUUCGUUCAUCUCACCUUAAGGACCUCUUAGGUGAUGAUUGGGUGUCCAAACAUGCUAAGAAGGUUAGACAAUAUGGUCUGAGCUAUGAAUCCAUGGCUUGGACUAAGGUCUUCUCAACUUUAACAGACCCAGUUUCCCCAGCAAUACCACCAGAGGCAGCUAUAGACUGCUUUCGGAGAUUUAGUGCCGCUUUUGAAGAAGCAUAUAGGAAGCAGACAUCAUGGAUUGUGGAAGACAGGAAGUUGAGGGAUGAACUGAAAGUGUCAAUAGCAAAGAAAAUAGUACCCGUAUAUAGAGAAUUCUAUGAUGCAUAUUUACCCAUGUUGAGUGGGGAAAAAAACUUGGAGCUGCUAGUGAGGUUUGGGCCAGAUGAUCUAGGAAAUCACUUGUCAGAUUUGUUUCAUGGUACAUCUUCUAGUUCGGGUAGCUCAUCUUCAUCAAGGAAUUCACGAGGAUGUAUGCCCUGAUAAAAUAAGAGAAUAAAUACAGCACACUGCAUAUUGGGAUCAAAUUACCAGUUCAGACAGUGCAUAUAUAUUGUAAUAAAUAAAUGAUUUCCCCGUAAUAAAUAUAUGCUUUGAUACUCAUAAA